AUGGAGUCACGCGAUGCGCAUGCCAAGGUCUCAGCGGACGGCGGCGCCGGUGAAGCCGUUCCCCGCGAUUGCGAAAACACGGUACCUCCUCCGGCAACACACUCUGCGCGCACCAACGAGAGGGAGAAGGAACUGCAGCUGCGCCGACUGCGGCGUGAAAAUCAUCUUCUGCGGCUGCAACUCCUCAAGUUGCGCGAACAGCAGCACCAGUUACUCGCGAACACGAGUGCAGCGGUCGUAUGCCCUGUCUCCAAUAGUGCUUUAGCCGUAUUAGACGUUGCAGAGGCAGCCCCGCAGGAGUGCGCGGUAUCGUCAGACCUACUGGCACCGCAGCGGACGCCUUCCGAGACAACAGACGACGAAGCCACAGCCCUACGCACCCGCAUGCUGCAACGGAUAAAGGAAAGGCGGCAGCGCACCACAGUGGCGCGAUCGCUACUGGGCGACGCUGAGCAGCUGCACAGUGAGCCCCCUCAGCAGGAGCAACUUGAUGCAGAGCGGAGGAACUCAAGCGGCACGGUGACACCGGUCUCGCCCGUGUCCCCACCCGUAAAAGCGGCGCCGGCGCAGUCGAUGGAGACGGCAGCAGCGCCACCAUCACCGCCCCCACCGCCGCCGGCGCCGGCGGCGGCAAAGCUGGACAUCAUCCAGGACGACUACGAUCAAAUAGAUCUGCAACAUGCACUGCUCGCCAGCCCUUCCUCAGCGACGGCUUCGCGAGUGCCAUCUGGCAUGCCCGCCUUCUCCGGCGCGCACGCCGUUGACGACCUGUCGGCUGAGGCGAUGUUGCAGCGCUUUCAGGACCGAAAAUCGCAGCGCCGGCUGCGGCUGCAGCAGAUGUUGGGUCUCAGCUACGACGCGGCAGGCAGCGGUGCCGCUGGGCCGAGAUGUGAACAUUCCAACGCGGAAAUGACGCCCCUCGCUGCCGUUCCGCGGGGUGCAGGUGCCGGACAGGGUGAAGAAGGGGCGAAGUCCCCUCUCAACAGCAGCGUGGCGGCGUGGGAUGGCAGGGUGAGGAGGAUCGACAGCGGCACGAGACGCGGCAGGGAAAAUGGCCACAAGAGCGCUGCGGCAACCGCUACACCCCCUUACAGUGGGCCUACAAAGAACCCGAAUCAAAUUGGCCGUGCCGUGAGCGACGCUGUGAAAAACAACAGCUGGUACCUCUGCAAGGUGCUGGAGGCGGCGCUGCUUGACACAAUUCAAGCGCGGCCGGCAAACGAGGCCGCCACACCGGAGAAGGAUCUUCCUCCCGGCUCGCAUUCGAGAGCGGUGUCGUUUGCGGAGAUGCCAUCGUCCCCCUCCUCGUCUGCCUCAGCCUCUUCUCUGUUGGGUCCUCUAUCCGACAGGCGUGCUGCCGGCGGCACCUCCGGUUCCACGACGCUGACGACCGGAACCGCCUCUGUAAUGCCGCAGCCCGAGUCGAUGGCGGCCUCUCCAACCUCCGUAAAGGUCCCCCAGCUGCUCUACCCCAAGGGCGUGAGUGACACGGCGCUGAGGCGAGCCAUUGAGGAGUCGCUGCUCCUGCCCUUUCGCUGCGUGCACGACGCCCCACGGCGCUUGACGUCGUCGCAGGCGGCGGAGGAGAGUUUGCCGGCGUUUGAGGCAGAGAACCGUGACGCAGAGCUGCGCCGCUGCUUCACGGAGGGCACCGGCAAGGAUGCGUUGCUCAGCGGCGGUGCGCGUCGCGACGAGGACCUAGGAAGCACUGCAGCCGGAAACGACGACGAAGAGGCUCCAGAGAGGGAGAGCGACAUCCUCGGCGCCAACGACGACAACCUCGACCCGUUUGCCCGUCUACUGCUCGCUCGUCUCUCCCGCGGUCUACCUUCGAAGACCGCCAAGUCAGACUGGACAGGCAGGCAACUGUCACAGUACAGCAGCGGAAAGGAUGGGGCCAAGCAGUUGUCAUUAGCGUCCCUCAACGCGUCUGCUGCAUCCAGCCCCACAAGCUCCAAGGCCGGCGUCGCCUUCGUGGCGGCAGCCAGCGGCGAGCGCCGCGUGCACGUCCCCAAGAAGCACUUCAGUCGCCUCGACGAGGUGCAGGUUGAGAUGCACGCGCCGGUUAUCUUCAACCAAAUCCGCGACUUCCUGCGCAUGGACGUUGAACGCUUCCGCCGAUCCUUUGUGCCAGCCUCGUCGCCGUCGCAGUCCGAUGCCGGCGGCGGUGAAGCAACGGACUCUCGGCGCUGGCGCGCAGCACAGGCGCAGCAGCGUCUCCGUGUCGGCGCCUUAGCUGGUGCGGACGAGACCACUGCGUGGCGCAUCAGCGUGUCGCCUGGCAAGAGCGGGACAACCUUGCUGUACUUCAGCGACUUUGUCAUGAAAACGGUUCGGCCCAGAGAGAUGGAGUUUCUGCUACGGAAGUUCCUGCCGGCGUAUGUGCGUUAUUGCGAGCGCAACCCGCAUACGCUGCUGCCGCGCUUCUACGCGCUGGCGACGCUGCGGUGGUGGAAGGCGGGAGUGGUGCAGCACUUUGUCCUAAUGCAGAAUGUCUUCGCGACGCCGUACUACAUUCACCGCAUCUACGAUGUGAAAGGCAGCACAGUGAACCGGACGGCGCUCCAACCGGGCAAACCGCCGCCGCGUACGGCCUUCGGCGCCCUCCUGCUCAAGGAUAACGACCUACCUCCGCAGCUCAUCAUCUGCGGCACGUAUCAGCGCGCCAUCGUGCUUGCCCAGUUACGCUCCGACGUUGACUUCUUGCGUCAGCUCAACGUGGUGGACUACAGCUGCAUGAUUGGUGUCCGUAGUCGCCUCUUCUCACGCGAAGAGGGUCCCUCCAAGACGCUCCUGCUCCUGCGUCGUCAGCACCAUGACGGCCACGUGAACCCCCUCGGCAGCAGCGAUGUCGCGACACAAGGGCACAUCGGGGAAACCUGCGGUGAGGUCAUGUACGUGACUGACAAAACGGCCGCCGCAGACGGGGAGAGCAUUAGUGUGGGGGCAAUGGAACCGACGCUGCCGCCGUCCUCCGUUGAUGUGCAACGAAGCGACUAUGACAAUGAUGUCUACGUCUGCAUCCACGGAUGUGACGGUGGAUUGUUGUCGCUGCCGAUCUACACUCCUGGUGACGACACGACCGCGCGUGAGGAGGUGUAUUACCUCGGCAUCAUCGAUGUGCUGCAGACAUACAACUCGGUCAAAAAGUUGGAGAGCUUUGCGAAGGGCCUCGUGAACGAUCGCCGUGCCAUCAGCGUGAUUGCGCCAGAUAAGUAUGCGGAGAGGCUGUACAAGGUGCUGGAACGCAUCACAGUGUAG